AUGAAUAAAAAACAUGAUAAAGAGGAUCAGUACGUAUUUUUUUCAGAGUGCACGGAGAGAAGCAUAAGCUGCAAUCAAGAAAGUUCGAAAGAAGCAUAUGACAGGUGCUCUUGGCUGAAAUCAAGCAAUUUCCAUUUUCUUUGCAAAGAGUAUGCUUUUGUCUUUACGGGAGUGAUGGCUCAGGCAUUUAAUCAAGCGGGUGGUACAAUGAUUCUACCUCUCGUGAAUGUUUUAUCCGACAGCUUUCAUGGAAAAUUCCUCCUGAACAGCUAUCCCAUGGUCUGUGGAUCAUUUAUGCUCAUCGGUGGAAGAUUGGGAGAAGUGCACGGCUAUAAGGAAACGCUAUUGGGUGGUUAUAUCAUUCUCAUCUUGAGCUCUUUAUUGGGCGGAUUAUCACGGUAUUCCAAAAGCAGCAUCUUUUAUGUCAUUUGUAGGGCAUUUCAAGGAGUUGGAAUGGCCUUAAUUUUACCCAAUUUUUCGGCGGCCUAUGACUAUAGAUAUCAAUCGCAAGCAAAAGCACAUAGGAAAACGAUUCUAAGCACUAUAAUCGGUUGUGGUGCUUCGACUGGAGCAUUUUUGGGCACCUUUCUCUCCGGGAUCUGUGUGACACGGUCUGAAAGUAACUGGUCGUGGGCGUAUUACACAUACACGAUCGCUGCCACUUUGACCUUAGCUCUGAGCUAUUACAGUGUCCCAGAUAAUAUUACCAAAAAAAAUAAACCAUGCCUCAAUGGAUUGGGUUGGUUCUCUAAUAGGAGCUGCGGGCUUUUGAUGUUGAAUGUUGCGUGCAAUCUAGCCGCGGUAGCCAGCAGCAAUUGGUCUCACAUUAUAGUACUACUUGUCGUGUUUGUUUGUCUUCUACUGCUGUUCUUAGUCUUUGAGCUAAAAUUCUCUGAAGAUCCUGUGUUUUCCAAAGAACUGUUUACCAACGCCUCUGUAUCACUAGUCUUAGCAAGCAUAUUUUUUGGCUGGGGCACUUAUGGUAUAUGGUCAGGAUACUUUUUCCGCUUUCUCUUAAAUUUGAGAAAUUACUCCCCUUUGGCAGCUGGAUCAACCUACCUUACUCUAGUAAUUGGUGGAUACGUUGCAGAAAUUGGUAUCUCUAUGCUAGUGAAGCGCACGGGGCCAAAGUUAUUCUUAUUAUUUUCUUCUCUCGGUUUCACUUGUUCCAUCAUAAUAUUAAGUGUGACACCCAUUCAUCAGUCUUAUUUUCGUUCAACUCUAGGCUCGAUGAUAUUCCUAGCGCUUGGCCUGGAUUUUUCUUUUCCUUCUUCCGCAAUAAUUCUGCAGAAUGAAUUACCUUCGAAAUACCACGAAAUGACAGCCGUAUUAACAAAUGGGAUUUUCAAUUAUGCGAUAUCUUUUUGGCCAGGAAUAUGCAAUUCCGCUCUGCGUAGUUUGAGCUCGAUUGAGCUGAUCAAAUAUUACAGAUAUGUAUAUUAUUUUGCCAUUGGGUUAUCUGCUAUUGGGCUUUUUGCAGCAGGCAUCCAACUAGCGCGCGCAUCUAUAAUGUAUUACCGAGGAAAGUAUACAGGCUAA